ACAUCGAAAAUCUUAAACUAAUUUAAGAAAACAUUAAUAAUAACAAUUUUACAGCGUGGAGAUAAUUGAAGCAGUAUUUAUUCUCAUGCGGUCAUGAUGGAUAGUCAUAUUCUUAAAUUAAUUUAAUAAUUAACAAAAAUAUAUCUGGCUAGCUGGUAUAAAAUUCGUUUUUUUGGGGGGGCGGCGGGGGUUCACCGCCCAUUUUUGUUCUGACGUUAGCUAGCCCACUAGCUUAGCCAUCUAGCAACCUAGCUAUAAUAUUACCAUUAUUAUCUUUUCCAUUAGGUACAUUAUUACCGUUACCAUUAGCUACAUUAUUAUCUUUAACAGUACUUAUUAUAGUCACCAUUAUUAACAUUUGCCAUGAUUACCUUUACCAUUAGCUACGGGCUGCUGACUGGUUUGUUUAGUUGUUAGCAAAGCUACAAGAUGGCGACACCCAUGGACUCGCACCGCUUUUCUCUUGAAGAUAACUAACAGACAAACGGGAGUUUCUUGAAAGUGAUCUCUGAUGAAUGCGGGGGGGAGACGAUCUGCAUUGCGAAUGACUGCACAUGAUGCACAAGGCUGCGGCAAUCUAACAAAAAUCCCGAAGAUAUUAGUUUGUUUUACCGGCGUGUCUGUUUGUUGCAAAGCGUCUACCGCUAAAAUGGCGGCUUCCAUGGAUUUUAGCUAGCUGGCUACAUUUGUGUGGUCUGCUAACCUGUUUAAAAACUAGUUAGUUGGCGAGCUGUUGCUAUUUUGAAGUGCUCCAGUGUAGCACUAAAUUAUAAUGGACUAGUUGCUUUGUUUUAAGAAAAGAAUUAAUCAGGCACGAUUAGAGGAAAAUGGCUUCUUCUGGUACCGUGACGUCUGGGACUUCGGGUUCGGUACUACAGCCGCGGUGGAAGCGGGUACUCGGGUGGUCUGGCCCGGUUCCUCGCCCUCGACACGGCCAUCGGGCUGUCGCGAUUAAGGAGCUUAUGGUGGUUUUCGGAGGAGGUAAUGAAGGAAUUGUCGAUGAACUCCACGUAUAUAACACAGCAACCAAUCAGUGGUUUAUUCCAGCUGUCAGAGGUGAUGUUCCACCUGGCUGUGCUGCUUAUGGGUUUGUGUGUGAUGGCACCCGACUUCUGGUAUUUGGAGGCAUGGUGGAAUAUGGAAAAUACAGUAAUGAUCUCUAUGAGCUACAGGCCAGUAGAUGGGAGUGGAAAAGGCUGAAGCCAAAAGCUCCAAAGAAUGGCCCACCCCCAUGUCCCCGCCUGGGCCACAGCUUUUCUCUGGUGGGAAACAAAUGCUAUCUGUUUGGAGGUCUUGCCAAUGACAGCGAGGACCCCAAAAACAAUAUUCCAAGAUACCUAAACGACUUGUACACGCUUGAGCUGCGUCCUGGGUCGAACGUGGCAGGCUGGGAUAUCCCCAUCACAUAUGGGGUUCUGCCCCCUCCUCGCGAAAGCCACACUGCUGUGGUUUACACAGAGAAGGCCUCCAAGAAGUCUCGCCUUGUCAUCUAUGGAGGCAUGAGUGGCUGUCGCCUUGGAGACCUCUGGACAUUGGACAUAGACACUCUGACAUGGAAUAAGCCCACCAUCAGUGGCAUGGCUCCCCUCCCUCGCAGCCUCCACUCAGCUACUACCAUAACCAACAAAAUGUAUGUAUUUGGUGGCUGGGUGCCUUUGGUGAUGGAUGACGUGAAAGUGGCUACUCAUGAGAAGGAGUGGAAGUGCACAAACACACUAGCAUGCCUGAAUCUUGACACAAUGACCUGGGAAUCCAUUUUAAUGGACACUUUGGAAGACAACAUCCCAAGGGCUCGAGCGGGACACUGUUCUGUAGCCAUCAACUCCAGGCUGUAUGUCUGGAGCGGCAGGGAUGGCUACCGCAAAGCCUGGAACAACCAGGUGUGCUGCAAAGACCUCUGGUACCUGGAGACAGAGCGUCCCCAGGCUCCGUCGCGUGUGCAGCUUGUCCGUGCCAACACCAACUCUCUGGAGGUGAGCUGGGGGCCGGUGCCCACUGCCGACACCUACCUUCUGCAGCUGCAGAAGUACGACAUCCCAGCAGCAACUGCAGCCACCUCGCCCAGUGUGGCCUCUCCCACCUCCUCCUCUCUGCCUGCCAACUCUCCUAAAAGCCCCGCCCCGGCCGCCGCUGCUCCUGCCUCCCAGAGCAUGCCCCUGACUGGGGUUACGCUUGUGCCCCAGGUCCCCUCACCCAUCGCCUCCACACCUGGGAGUCCACUUGCGGCAGCCUCACCCAGAGGCCCAGCCAUUCUGAAAGUCGCUGCACCUCAGUCCACCGCGGGGACCUCCAUUGUCACUGUGCGUCAGGCCAAUCAAGGGGGAAAAUCCCCAGUCACUGUUGCUUCGCUUCCUGCUGGAGUCCGUAUGGUCGUCCCUGCACAGAGCACUCAGGGAACACCAAUUGGUAGCAGCCCCCAGAUGAGUGGCAUGGCUGCUCUGGCAGCUGCUGCUGCCGCCACCCAGAAGAUUCCACCCUCCUCCGCGACCACUGUGCUGAAUGUUCCUGCAGGAGCCACCAUAGUGAAGACUGUUGCUGUGACCCCAGGGUCCACAAGUCUGCCUGCUACAGUGAAAGUAGCCUCGCCAGUAAUGGUGAGUAACCCAGCGACCCGCAUGCUGAAAACAGCUGCCGCUCAGGUGGGGACAUCGAGCAUCUCCACCCCCAACACCCCAACGCGUCCCAUCAUCACCGUACACAAAUCUGGCACUGUGACAGUAGCUCAGCAGGCCCAGGUGGUCACCACUGUGGUUGGAGGAGUCACUAAAACCAUCACCCUGGUCAAGAGCCCACUCACUGUGGGCAGCGGUGGGACUCUGAUCUCUAGCCUGGGCAAGGUGAUGUCUGUGGUACAGACCAAACCAGUACAGACCUCUGCAGUCACUGGACAGGCUGGGAGCAGUCCUGUCACUCAAAUUAUACAGACUAAGGGUCCCUUGCCAGCAGGCACCAUUCUGAAACUGGUCACCUCUGCAGAUGGCAAGCCCACUACCAUCAUAACGACCACACAGGCAGGCAACACGGGCACCAAACCCACCAUCCUGGGCAUCUCCCCUAACACCACCACCAAGCCUGGCACCACCAUCAUCAAGACCAUCCCCAUGUCUGCCAUCCAGCAGGGAGCUGCAGGUGCCACCAGUAGCCCUGGCAUCAAGUCUCCAAUCACCAUCAUCACCACAAAAAUGGUCACGCCUGGCACUGGCACCCCAGGCAAAAUUAUCACAGCUGUGCCAAAAUUGACUGCAGGAGCCGGGCAACAGGGGGUCACGCAGGUUGUUCUGAAGGGGGCGCCAGGGCAGCCUGGCACCAUUCUACGCACCGUGCCUAUGGGUGGCGUGCGCCUUGUGUCUCCUGGCACUGUCUCUGCUGUCAAACCCACGGUUACCACACUAGUGGUAAAAGGAACCACAGGAGUAACUACCCUGGGCAACGUGACCGGCACUGUCUCCACCACUUUGGCAGGGGGCAGUGUUGCUACUACCAACGCCAGCCUGGCUACUCCCAUAACCACCCUGGGUACCAUUGCCACACUUUCCAGUCAGGUCAUCAGCCCAACAGCCAUCACUGUGUCUGCAGCCCAACCGAGCCUGACUACCGUACCCACCGUGGCCAUACAGGCAGCUGCGCAGCCCACUCAGGUGACUCUCAUUAGCACCCCUAGUGGUGCAGAGGCACAGCCUGUGCAGGACCUCCCAGUCUCCAUCCUGGCGUCACCUACCUCAGAGCAGCCCUCCACCACGGGGUCAGAAGUUGGCGACACACCUGGUGAUGUAACUCUGGUCUGCUCCAAUCCACCCUGCGAGACUCACGAGACAGGCACCACCAACACUGCCACCACGGCUGCCGCCAACAUGGGAUCAGAGCGGGUGUGCUCCAACCCGCCCUGCGAAACGCAUGUGACCGGCACCACCAACACGGCGACCAUGGCUUCGGCCGACAUGGGCCGCGUGCAACAGGUGUGCAGCAAUCCGCCAUCGGAAACUCACGACACGGGUACCACCAACACAGCCACAACUGCCAGCUGCAGCAUGGGCUCCCAGGAGACGGGGAUCGUGGACAGCAGCACAGCAUCUCAGCAGGCCACGCUGACCCUGCCCACCACCACGCAACUGGCACAAGUGUGCUCCAACCUGCCGUGUGAAACCCAUGAGACAGGCACCACCAACACAGCCACAGUUGCGGUAGCAGGCGGAGGAGUCCGGCAGGUUUGUUCCAACCCGCCAUGUGAGACACACGAGACCGGUACCACCAACACAGCCACGCAGGCAUCCUCAAGCAUGGGCAGCGGGGAGACCAAUACAGUGCAGAGAGUGUGCUCCAACCCACCCUGCGAAACCCAUGAGACGGGCACCACCAACACGACCACCACCGCCACCAGCAGCCUCGAGUCAGCUGACGGCACAGUUCAUCAGAGUGGUGAAGGGCAAGAAGACACUGGCACUGGGGCUGAAGCCACAUCAACUACAGAACCAGCAAAUCCCACAAUUCAGAGCAGAGCAGUAACCACGGUGACACAGGCUACACCCACCCCAGGACCUUCUGUCCCGGAGAUCUCGUCCAUGGCGGGUUCGGCUGCCAUGGUGGAGGCCUCGGGUGAGGCCGAGGCGAUGGAGCAGGGAGAGUCCGAGGCGCUGGCCACCGGUGACGAGCCCAUGCAGACUGAAGGCGAGCUGAGCGAAGAGGGGGCUGUCAGGGUCGUUGCUAUCGAAGAGGGUGCCGCCGGCGAGGCAGGGACCAUGCUGCAGGUGCAUGUUGCCAUGGAAGCGCAGCCUGGCCAGGGCGAGCAGGCUGAGAUGGAGCAGGGUGGUGAGGAUGCAGAGGCCGUGGGUCUCGCGGGCCAGGACUCUGAGGCGUUGGCGCUGCCCCAGGAGCUGAUGUCAGCAGAGGGGCAGCCUGCCACGCUGAUGGUGACGGGGCUGACCCCGGAGGAGCUGGCCGUCACUGCUGCGGCAGAGGCUGCUGCCCAGGCUGCCGCCACAGAAGAAGCCCAGGCCCAGGCCCUCGCUAUACAGGCUGUACUGCAGGCAGCCCAACAGGCUGUGCUCAAUGAAGGAGACGGAGGGCAGGAUGGCCAACAAUCCACCACCAUCCCCAUCGUCCUCACUCAGCAGGAGCUGGCCGUUCUGGUCCAACAGCAGCAACAGCUCCAGGAGGCCCAGGCCGCGGCCGCAGCCGCUGCCCAGCUCCAAGAAGCUGACUCGGGCUCCGCCGCUCUGCCUACCGAGGGCCUGGCCCCAGCCGACAGCCUCAAUGACCCCUCAGCCGAGAGCAAUGGUCAUGAGAUGGCGGCGGCGGCAGCUGCCGCUGCCGUGACAGGACCUGUGGCUCAGCUUCUUCCCAGCACGUCAGCAGAGACUUUGGCUCCAUCCAGCACGUUUGCCCUUUCCCAGCCGAUGACGGUGGCCAGCCCCGCCAAGCUGCAGGCAGCCACUGCUCUUGCAGAGGUGGCCAACGGUAUUGAGACUGCGGCUGGGAAGCAAGGAGCACCCCCUGCAGUUGUGAAGCCGCCAGUAAAGAAAGAAAACCAGUGGUUUGAUGUUGGAAUAGUCAAAGUGACCAACAUGGUUGUCACACAUUAUUACAUGCCAUCUGAUGAUUCUGAGGUCACGGAUGAUGAUUCGGGAACCAUACCAGACUACAGCCAGAUGAAGAAAGUGGAGCUUGCUCCAGGCACGGCAUACAAGUUCCGUGUAGCUGGCGUCAACGCCUGUGGCCGUGGCACUUUCUCUGAAGUGUCUGCAUUCAAGACCUGUCUGCCUGGCUUCCCUGGAGCACCGUGUGCCAUUAAGAUCAGCAAGAGCCCUGAUGGUGCCCACCUUACCUGGGAACCACCAUCGGUGACAUCAGGAAAGAUCAUCGAGUACUCCGUGUACCUGGCUAUCCAGAGCUCGCAGACGUCCGAGGCUAAGGCGUCUGCUCCUGCGCAGCUGGCCUUCAUGCGCGUGUACUGCGGGCCCAACCCCUCGUGCCUGGUGCAGACCUCCAGCCUAUCCAAUGCCCACAUCGACUACACCACCAAACCCGCCAUCAUCUUCCGCAUCGCUGCCCGCAAUGAGAAGGGAUACGGGCCAGCCACGCAAGUCAGGUGGUUGCAAGAAACCAGUAAGGAUGGAUCUGCUGCCAAACCUGCAGCAAAAAGACCGGUCUCAUCUCCUGAUGCGAAAGGUACCGGUCCAAAAAAGGCCAGAGCUGACCAAUGAGGAAGCCCCUCCCCCCUGAGACUAAGACCCAUGACUGAAUUCCUCCUCUUCCUGCCGAUGCCUUGUCCUUGCCACACCUGUAACAUCUACUAUAUGAAAUGGCAGCAUAACCAGGAAAAAAGAAAAAAAAAAGUCAAGAUAAUCUUUUUGUGCCCCACCCCGAUCACUGGACAUUUCUGGUGCCAUGGACGCCUUAUCCCUCCGUCGUCUUGGAUUCAUUUUAAAAAAAUUUUUUGUUGUUUUCUUUUAAAUCAUAACUGUUCCUUCAGAUAAACCGUUAAAAGCACAUACUUUUUGCUCUUCCUAGCAAUUUUGUGUGAUCUAUUUCAAAUGGCAGCAUUCAAUCCGGUUGUUUUAGUUGUUUCUGGAGCUUUUUUUUCCCCCCUCCCUUUCUAUGUAUUUUUAUUUUGGCUUAUUGCAAUACAAGCAAUAGAUAAAAGGAAAAAAAAAGUAUCUUCACUCAUUUGUCAGUUGAAGGUUUGUUUUUGGUUUUUUUUUCUCUUUCUUUCUUCGAGACGACAGGGAGGGACGCAUCUCUGUUUAGGCACAGACAGCAGAAGGAAGGAGAUUUGAACAGGACUGCAAACAAUAAAGUCCUACCUGGAAGACCUGUCAAAAAGUGGAGCGUGGGGGGGGAAAAUGAACAGCAGCACUUGGUGACCCUUCAGAGGAAAAGACUUCUUUCCUUCGAAAGACAAAUCUGUAAUUGUACAUUGAAUCUUGAGUCCAGUAGCCCAUUAUUACAUCACUGUGUCUUCAUACAUUGGUGAGAGGAACAGAUUUAAAAACUGUACUAUUUUGUACCAAGGACGCAAGGACUCCAAACCUAGUAGAUGAGGACACAUGACCUUUUUUGCAUUGCAUCAAAAAUACAUCUUGUAUAAAGAAGAAAAAAAAAUCCCAAAAACAGUAAGCAGUGAUGCAGAAGCUCUCUGUGUGUGGUUUAUUUUUGUAUUAUUUUUUUUCUUUCUUUUUUAAAGAGCCCCUCCCCUCUCGUACAUGUGCAUCAGCGCAGUUUUAAAACUCAGUUUCUUGCUCAUUCCUGUAGUCUGAGUGUGCUCAAGGGAUUGUGAGGUAGCUUGUCCCCGGUGCCACAGUAUUUUUACAUCCCAUAUUAAGAAACCUUUCAAAAGAUGAUUUGGAAAUUGGCAUUUAGAAUAAACUUUUUGUACUCUGGAGAAAGAUGACCCACUUAAAAACAAGCUUGAGAAUACUGAAUAAAAUAGUCUUUUGCAAGUUUUUUUUUUUUUUUUGGUCCUCCCAACUUGUAUAUUGUUGGACAUUUAGAGGAGUCUUGCAAGAGUAAUGCUUAUGUUCCUCUUUCGUUCAUGUUUCUCCUGUUAACCUUUCACUAGUCAAUAGUUUAUGUGAAAUUUACUUUCUGAAUAUGGAGUUUCUGUGGAAUAUUUUUUUAUAUGCUUGUUUGUGAGUUGGUAGAGGUAAAAAGCAAAAUUGGGAUUCUUCUCAUAGUGGAGAAUGAGGCAUUUUCAUUAUUCUUGGGGUCGUUCUUUGGGAUGCAGGGUAUAAAUUCUCAGAGUGAAAAAGCUGAACCGAGAUCGUCUUAUUAAUUGCGUUCAAUAUGAUGUGAAAGGCAGAAGUGGAACCAACAUCCGCACACUCACUCUGAAUCGUUAUACAUGUGACCCUGGAUGCUAGAAUGGUGUUUAAAGAUGGACUGAUGUGAAUGGAAAUGAGCAACAUUGCUUGGUUUGUUUUUCUGGAAGAUGGAAAUUGUUUGAUGGAUUAUUGGCACAGCCAGCGUUUGAACUCAGCUGUAAAUUAGUUCUUUCACGUAGCAAGAAGUAAAACAAAAAAAAUCUUUGCCUUUUUUAUAUAAUUAUCUGUAACAAAUGUUUUUACAUGUUGUCAUCUAUUGAUUGCUUUUGUGUCUUGACAUAUAAAAGUAAUGGAAAUCUGUCUCUGUGUUCAUUUGCGUUGUGUUGCCUGCGGAAUAUCUUUUUUUUUUUUUUUUUUUUUUUUUUUUUUUUUGUCGUUGAUGACUGUUUCUUCCGCUUAUGUCUCUGAGAUAUGUACAAGUAAUACGAAAGAUCAGUAAGAAGUCAAAUGUCUUUCUAAUCCGAAACAAAAUAUGCGUUGGGAUUUUAUCACUGUUUAUUAAAAAUGAACACAAGACUACUUUACAAGGAUAAUAAAUCAUUUUAGAGAAUA